AGGAAAUCGAGCAAAGCCAAGGAAAAGAAGCAAAAGCGCCUGGAGGAACGAGCGGCCAUGGACGCCGUCUGCGCCAAGGUGGAAGCCGCCAACAAACUUGAAGAUCCCCUCGAAGCUUUCCCGGUUUUUAAGAAAUACGACCGGAACGGUUUGAACGUCGCCAUCGAGUGCAAGCGCGUCACCGGGCUGGAGCCCGCCACCCUCGAGUGGGCCUUCCAGCUGACCAAGGCCAACAUGCAGACGCUUCUACUGACGGUCUUCAAACACAACCACGGCGCUUACCAGUUUUUCCGAGAAGCGCUUCAGUAA